UUGUAUUUGUGCGUUUAUAGAUUUCUUUUAAUUUGAAUUAGUUGAAAGUGAUAAUUACUGUAAUGGCUGAGGGUGAACCUGCAGCAGAACCUAAGAAAGUAGUCCAUAUAUAUCCAUUAGUUGAGAACUCGGACAUGAGUGAAGAUAUGAAGAACGAAGCAAUCGAAUUAAUAGUUACAGCUUGUGAAAAAUAUUCUACUAAUAAUGAGCUAGCAGCAAGUCUUAUAAAAGAACAACUAGAUAAAAAGUUCGGCCCUUCUUGGCAUGCCAUAGUAGGUGAAGGCUUCGGAUUUGACAUUUCUUAUGAAUGCAACACUCUUUUAUAUCUAUUUUUUGGUGGUAAUGUAGGAAUAUGCAUAUGGAAAUGUUGAUAAUUAAAAAAAGUCUGAACAGAGUUGAAGUCUGAACAUCAGUAUAUGUCUUCGUAUGAUCUAGUCCUAAAUGAAUAAAUCAUUUGAUAUUAAAUUAUAAAUACAUAUCCCCAAGGGAUCUGUUUGUUUUAAACUUCAUAACAUUGUUCAUGAAUUGUGAUCAUUUUUAUUGAAAAUAUUUUUAAAUCUAGUGUACCUAGUGUUUAUAAAACUUAAGAUAAUGGUAAUGAUAAGUUCCAGUAAGGAGAUCAUUCCAUAUAAUUUAGUGCUAAUUCAUGCAUUAAUACUUAACUAAAUAGUUAAGAUUUAAGAUAAAAGCGAAAUAUUUCAUUUUAUUCCAAGAUAUAGUAAUGUUAAGCCUCGAAGC